GUGUGUCAUAAAAAAUACUGUACAUUACAGCGGGGUGUGAAAGUGAGCGCUAGUAGGAUGGAUCAAUAAAAGAAGCGACCCAUACGGACGCCAUAUUGACCAAAACAAAAUGGCAGAACAAGAGAAUAGUUGACAAAGUCCGCAGGCUUUCGUUGACAGAUGCCUUCUCGUGACACGAUAAAAUCCGCAACAACGACUAUUAGAUCUGCUCCGGUGCUCGUGGCGGUGUUAACUCUUCUGAAUAACUAUGAUCAAGUUCCUACUUAUGGUCAACAAACAGGGGCAGACUCGCCUGUCCAAGUAUUAUGAACAAGUGGAGCUUGGGAAGAGAGCAGCUCUGGAAGCUGAUGUGGUCCGGGGAUGCCUCGCGCGGAGGAAGGAAGAGUGUUCAUUUGUGGAGUACAAGGACUACAAACUGGUGUAUCGACAAUACGCAGCACUUCUCAUAGUUGUUGGCGUCACUGAAAAUGAGAAUGAACUCUCAAUCUAUGAGCUUGUGCAUAACUUUGUGGAAGUGUUGGACAAGUAUUUCAGUCGUGUGAGUGAGCUGGAUAUCAUGUUCAAUUUAGAUAAAGUACACAUUAUUCUUGAUGAAAUGAUCCUGAAUGGACACAUUGUGGAGACGAAUAAGAACCGGAUACUGGCACCACUACUGGCCCUGGACAAGAUGACUGAAAGCUGAUUCAAUGCAAAUGAGAUCUCAAUCUUCUGUUCCAAAUGUUAAAUAAAUGUUUUUCACUAGUCUAAA